ACUAAAAUACAUAUUUUCUGAUACGGAAAUGGAUCGAAAACAUAUUCCCGUUGAAAUUUCUUCCCGAGGGUUUUAUAAAACCCUCAGCGCGAUGAACGGAAAAAUCAGAAAUGCCCCUUUUCAGCUCGUCUUCAAUCUUCCCCUUCUAGAAAUUUUCUCUCUCAUCAAGGUGAAAUGAAUUAUUAAGCUUUUAAUUUUCGAUUUUUUUAUUUAUCCCCAAAUUUUAUCAAAAAAGAAAAAAAAAAGUUGUCGAUGAGCAGAUUACAGAAACUUAGAACACUCAGUUCUCUCAAAUGGGUUCCAUUAUUAUGCCCAGAAAGCAACUCCACAUCAUCAAAAUCCAAUCUUUAUGUUAGUGGGUCCCACCAUCUCUUACAGCAUCUUAGGUUUUGUGGAACAGAGAGUUUGAAAAAUGGCGGAAAUCUCGGCGAACUUGCUAAGAAAUCACGUGUGGUGAAACGAGAAGCACAAGCAGCUCUGUUGGAGUACUUCCAUUUCACUAGGAGUUUUCAGAUUAUGGAUGCUGAAAAUAUGAGCAAAAACACCCCCGAUUUUUUCGACAGGCUGUUGAGGAGAGUGGAUAUACGCGGCGGCGGCGGCGGUGGUGGUGGUGGUGCCGAAGUUGGGAAAUCAGUUUCUCGAUUCUUAAGGUACAAUCCCGUGAACGAGUUCGAGCCGUUUUUCGAGAGCAUAGGUUUGAGCCCGAGUGAGUACUCGUCUUUUCUGCCCCGUAAUUUGAUGUUUUUAAACGAUGAUCACUUGUUGUUGGAGAAUUACUAUGUCUUGUGUAACUACGGCGUUGCAAGAAAUAGAAUAGGGAAGAUUUACAAAGAAGCUAGAGCCGUUUUUGGCUACGAUUACGGUGUUUUGAAGUCGAAGCUUCAAUCUUUUCAAGAUUUGGGGUUGAAACAAUCUCUUGUUGCUAAGGUGAUUGCUUCGAGCCCUCGUCUUUUAUGGGGAGAUGUUGAUAAGGAAUUUGUUAUUGUUCUUGAAAAAUUCAAGAAGAUAGGUAUAACGUAUGAUUGGCUCGAGGAGCAUAUUUCGAUCGAGGAUUCUUACGAUUGGAAAUGUAUGCUUGAGCUCGUUUUCUUGCUAAGUGAUUUGGGCUUGAGUGAUGAACAAUUAGGCGAACUUUUCGCACAACACCCUCCUCUAUUGCUCGAGUCAUCUGGUCGUGUCACAUUUUGCUUAUUCGGGUUAUUAUUGAAAUUCGGCUCGAAAAUUAGUGAUGUGCAGACAGUAUUUCUUCAAUUCCCGCCGAUAUCAGUUUUGAAAUUCACCGAAAAUUUGUGCAAUUGUUACGAUUUUCUUGUGGAAAUCAACAUGCCCGUCGAAGAAAUCGGUAAGAUUGUCGGUUCGCACUCGUCUUUAUUGGGCUCGUGCGAGCUCAAAAGUGUGAAGAGUUUAAUGAGUGCGUUGAAUUGCGGAAAAAACAGGCUAUGCCAAAUGGUGAAGGAAGAUCCACGCUUGUUAAAGAAAUGGGCACUCGGGAAAAGAGUCGACCCGUUACAAGAGCAAAAGAGGGUUCUCAAAGUACGAAUGAUGAAAACGGAGUUCCUUUCGAGCUUAGGGUUUGAGGAGAAAACGAAUGAUUUCGAGAAGGCUCUCAAAAUCUGUCGAGGCAAAGGAGUUGAACUUCAAGAAAGAUUCGAUUGCUUAGUGAACAUCGGUUUUAGCCGCGAGGAAGUUGUGGAGAUGCUGAAAGCAUCUCCGCAGAUUCUCAACCAGUCGAGUGAUGUCAUCGAGAAGAAAGUCGGGUUUUUUGUGAAGGAUUUGGGGUACAGUUUGUCCGAUUUGAGAGUUCAUCCGAAGAUUAUCUCGUACACAAUUCCUAGGUUGAAGCUUCGGCUUUUGAUGUAUAAGUGGCUUAAAGAAGAAGGAGCGGUGCAUCCGAAGUUGGCUUUAAGCACUCUUUUGUCGAGCUCGGACGAUAAAUUUGUGACACGUUACGUAAAUUCUCAUACCGAAGGGCCUGAGUUUUGGGAGAGACUGAAGAAAGAAAUUAAUUCGGACGAGAAUAUAUAAUUAAUUACUUUUUUAUUCGGUUUGAGUUCAACCAGCAUAAUCUUGGAUUAGACGAACUAUACAGAAAAUCAGGUACACAACGAAGAAAUGGAUGUUUGUUCGUUCGUGGGAUUUAUUUCGCCAUUAGUUAUUUUUGGGAUUUGAUAACACACAUUUCGAGUUAUUAUUUCGUUAUAACUGUACUCUGUUUUGUUCCAAUUUAUUAGUACACAAGUCCUAUAUUAAGACAUAAAGAAGAAGAAGCAUGCUCUCUAGAUUGUCUGCAUAAAUAAGCAUGAAAAAAACUGUGUUCAAAAUUGUAUUUAUUUGAAUAAAUUAUAUGUUUUCUUCCAUUA